AUGACUAACGUCCUUGGGAUUAGAUAUGGAUCAGAAAUCCGUACGAAAUCUGAAAAUACCACCGGAUUUGGCACAAAAGAUGGUGAGGUCAUAGAGGCAGGCGUGGAGUUGGAGCAAUGGAAUAAAAGCUCUGGCCAAUGUGAGGCGCUUGUUUCGACAGAUAUCCAGCUUGAUAUUUGCUGA